GCGACUAGUAGAAGGCAGAGCCUUAAGGAGUUGAAGGGGAUGUUGAGUCGACUGCAAGAGCUCCGCAAGGAGGAGGAGACCCUGCUGCGUCUAAAGGCGGCUCUGCACGACCAACUGAACCGCCUCAAGGUUGAAGAAUUAGCCCUUCAAUCAAUGAUAAAUUCUCGAGGAAGGACAGAGACACUGUCUUCUCAGCCUGCACCUGAACAGUUAUGUGAUAUGUCACUACAUGUAGACAAUGAAGUGUCAAUUAAUCAGACUGCACUGAAGCUGAGCACAAGGAACCCUAUGGAAGAGGAGGAGGAGGAAGAAGAGGAGGAGGAAGAAGAAUCUGAUUCAUAGAGAUGAGAUGCACGUCUGAACAUAGACAAGCAUGGGAGAAGCCUGAAAGCAACACGGCAUGCCACUGGGCAGAGAAUUCCUCUUUGCUGCUUCCCAAAGGCUCAGAUGCUGGCUGCGUGGGUUGGUGUGCUGGGCUGGUUCAGCCCAAUGGUGGAGCAGAGCCAGCCUGCGAAGUCUACCUCCUCGGCAUCAGAUCUUUUGAUGAAAGCAUGUACCUGUGCAGGAAACAAGGAAAGUUGAUUCUGUUAAAAAUGACCAGGAAGGUGCCGGGCAGUGGUGGUACACGCCUUUAAUCCCAGCACUUGGGAGGCAGAGGCAGGUGGAUUUCUGAGUUCAAGGCCAGCCUGGUCUACAGAGUGAGUUCCAGGACAGCCAGGGCUACACAGAGAAACUCUUGUCUCAAAAAAACAAAAAACCAAAAAACAAACAAACAAAAAAAUGACCAGGAAGGAAAAGCGAGGUGGCCUGGGAACCACUCAGAAGCCUGUAGUGCUCACCCUUGAGCAGCAAGUAGGCCAGCUGCAGCCAAAGACCCCCCUCUGCCACACAUAUAAGCUGUGAGGGCUUGGGGCUACUUGUUAGAAGGUACACUACACUCAAGCCUACACAGGGCAUGGAGUAGUUUGGAUCUUAUAGUAUCACAUGCGUGUGUCACUACCAUCAUACUAGAACCAGCUGGAGAGUAACUCAGGAUACUGGAUAUGUAAGGUGAACCAGUCAGAACUAGGAGGGAAAAGGCCUGUCCUUCAGGAAAGGUAUGGGCUGGCCCCUGCCUGGCUGCAUCCCAGGUGCCCCUGCAACUCACAGGAGGACAUUGGAGAUUGCUACCUGGCACUGUGAAGCCCCAAACUUGACAGAAGAACAAGGAGUGGGGAAGGGCAGAAAAAUGGCUCAAAUGAACAAACAUGAUCUGUAAGACUCACCAUGAGCUGCUUCAGAUCUGCUCUCUCUGCAGGGUUCUUUAUUAAGCUGAAAAGAUAAAUAAUGUUAGGAGUGCCA